UUGUGUGGAAAAGAGUAAUAAUCACAGUUAUACAAGAAACCAAAUGUUGUUAGUAAUUUCUCUCUCUCUCUCUCAACAAAACACGCACAAACACAUCCAGCCAAAAUAAAACCAAAGCACAAUCAGUUCAUGCUCGCUUUCCACUCAUGAUGUUGCAGAAACCUUAGAUUUUUCCUCAGAAUCUCAGAAAAGUGAAAGGAAUUUCUGCUUUCCGUGUUCAACAGUAUAAUUGACCCCCCUCCCUCAAUUAUUUUCUGCAAUUCUUCUUUAAAGUUUGCAUCUUUCACCAUUAUUCUUUCUUUUCUUUCCGUUUCUUUUUCUAACCCAUGUUUGUUUUCGCAUUUUGAAAAUUUCCAGCAGAAAAUUUUCCCAGCCCUGUUGCCAUUUCUCUCCAAGAUUCAAUCUUUGAGAAGAAACUCUCCAUUUCCCGCAUUUUGCAUGCUUGAUAUGCUUGGGGGUUGUUGUUGAAGGUUGUAAGAAAUUCAUAGAGAGAGAGAGAUAAAUGUCUGAAACUGCUAAAGUUCGUUUAGUUCGUUGCCCCCAGUGUGAGAAUUUACUGCCGGAGGUCACCGAUUUCUCUGUUUAUCAAUGUGGCGGUUGUGGUGCUGUCUUGAGAUCUAAUAACAAAGGUGUUGACACAUUCUCGGAGAAGUCUGAUGAGGAAAGGAUUGGUAGUGAUCUAGACAGGCUUUCUGAUAGAUAUGAGAAAAUGAUAAGUGUUUCUGAGAGAAGAGUGAUAGAGAUGAGUGAUGGCUCUGAGGGUGAUGUGAGGUCCAACGUUAGUUCUUCAGCUCGAGCCGAGAGGAGGGGAGAAAUUGGUAGGAAUGGUUCAGGCAAGGAGGAGAAUUGGGAUGUUGGGAGUGAUGUGAUGAGAGAUAGGAGGUUGAAUGAAAUCCAACGGGCGAAAAUGGCUCAAAAUUUCGAGGAUUUGGUGUUGUCUCGUGACAAUGAGGCUGGAUUGAGGAGGCAGGGCAGGGCUGGGGAUGUUCGGGUUGGGGUUAGGAGUGAGAUGGAGGGUGUCUGGACGGCUCAACGAGUGGUUCCGGAGGUGGGAAGGUGUGCAAGAGAUAGUUCGUUUGACCAUCUAUCCGCGUCUAGUUAUGAUUUUGAUGAUCCGUCUAGGAGUAGGAGUGGCUUGGUGGAUGGACUGAGCAAUGCUGGAUUUGUUGGGGAUGAUCGGGCCGAGCUUUUGAGGCAGCUAGACGAAAUCACAUAUAAGCUGUGUCGUUCAGGUGAUCUGAACGACAAGGGUAAAGACAAAGUUCCCCUUGAUAGGAGGAUGCAUCAUGAGGCGAUGGUGAUGCAAAGGCCGCCUUUCCAGAAUCAGUACACCGACCCACCUCAUUUAAUGCGUAGGCAAGGAAUGGCGGAGAAUGGUUUCUAUCCUCCGCAGUAUGCUCCAUGUCCUGUUCAAGGAUAUGGGAAUCCACCGAGGCCUCAUUUGCGCGCAUCUGACGCUCAGGGCGCAUUUCAGAUGCCACCUCCUCGUGGGUAUGCGUCCGGACCUUAUGUGGAUGAUGGUAUGGCGUAUAUGGAUAACAUGGAAGCAUAUCCUCCUAAUUUCAAUAGGCACCAUCAAUCUUGCUCGUGCUACGAUUGUCGUGCCAAGAGGCAUGUUUCUAACCCGAUGAUGCAAGCUGCAUCUAGUGGUAAAUACUCGGAUGAUCAUGGUUCGUUUGGUACACGAGAUCAUUACAACCAGAGAGUUCAUGAUCAGCCUCCCUCUCGGCUUCGUACCUCUCAAAUCCAUGCGAGAUGGUCUAAUGAUGUGAAUUCUGAGGUGGAUGGCUUCACACGUCGUCGUCCUGCUAGAGCCCAUUUGGCCGUUGGCGGAAAACACUGCAGCCCGUUAGCCGGUGGGGCCCCCAUCUUGACCUGCAACAGUUGUUUCGAGGUGCUGAUGCUGCCUAAGAAUGCUCUGAGCAAGAAUGGGAGCAGGCAGAAGCUCAGAUGUGGGGCGUGCUCUUCACUCAUUUCUUUCGUAGUUUCAGGCAAGAACUUGGUCUUCUCACUCGACGUGGAGGCCAAGAACGGCCCUCUAAAAGCUGACAGCGCCCGUGAUGUGCCAUCAAAAUCGAGCCAAACUAGGACAACCUUCUCAUCUGUGGACUAUGAUAGCUCCGGUUAUGAUUUCCACUCCAUGGAUAAAGAAGUUGCACGUCCCGGAAGAGAUAGCAAGCCUAUUGAGACUAGGUCCCAUCGUUCUACAUCCACGUAUGCUUCUGAAGCCGAGGAAGAAACACAAGAUUCAGCAAGAGAGGAUAAAGGGCCUCAACCUCCUUCAGGCUCCUCUCUGCAAGAUUACUUUGAGCAUUCGAAUAAGUACCAUUUGGUGAAGGAUUCAGGCGAACGAAACAGAACUGGACGCUCUGAACACGUUGUUCCGUUGCCAAACAAGAUGGGCGCUAAGCAGAUUUUGAGGAAAGAGUCCACAGCUACUGAGAUAGAUAUAUCGUCCAAUGAGUUCUCAAACACGGGGUCUACCUUUGAGUCGAGUGAAGCAAGCAGAGGUGGUAGAGGAGCUGGCUCGUUCUUCGCUGGAAUUAUAGAGAGUUUCAAGGAUCCACAUAGAUCCGAAGAAACUGCUAACAUAACUGUCAAUGGCCAUCUAAUAUCAAACCGGUUGAUCAAGAAAGUUGAAAAAGUAGCUGGGCCGAUCCAUCCUGGCCAUUAUUGGUACGAUUUUCGAGCUGGAUUUUGGGGUGCUAUCGGAGGGCCUUGUCUUGGCAUAAUUCCUCCGUUUAUAGAAGAGUUCAAGUACCCUAUGCCCGAGCAUUGUGCGGGUGGAAACACGCACGUAUUUGUUAAUGGCAGAGAGCUGAACCACAAAGAUCUUAAUCUGCUGGUCGGCAGAGGUCUCCCAAGGGAAAGAGACCGAUCGUACAUUGUGGAAAUCUCCGGCAGAGUCCUAGAUGAAGACACUGGCGAAGAGUUGGAAAGCCUCGGAAAGCUUGCUCCAACCAUUGAGAAGGCGAAACGCGGAUUUGGCAUGAAAAGUCCACAAGCCGUUGCAUGAUCAUUUUCGAAUACAAGACUCAAUCAAUUGCUCGAUCGCCUCUGGUAUAAACUACCACUCUCUCUCCUUUUUCUUUUGCUUUGAAGAAAAAGGUUUAAGAUUGAGAAGAAUGGUUCAUGCUAUGAUGCUGCUGCUGUUUAUGUUUGAGUUAUUGGAUCAAAUUCAAGAAAUGCGUAUUUUGGCAGUUUUUACAAAAGAUUUUGAUGUUGUGAAUUCCUUUUCCUUUUGCCUUCCCAUUUUGUACAUGUACAAAAUUAAUUUGUGGCAUUCCCUUUUUUCUCUCUUUAAAUUUUGAUCCAGGGUUUAGAAUCCUGGAAAAAGGAACAAGCAAUUCUAUGCAGUGGUUGAUUUCUUAUGUUUAUUUACCUUGUAGUUCUUGAUUGAACGUAAUGGAUGUGUCGGUCUCUUCUACAUUUUCACCCAUUUAUCAAAAUUGUUCACUUUCCAUUGUUA